AUGAAGGCAUUUGUAUAUAGCGCCCCGGGAAGGGUUGAGCUUUUAGACUGCCCCAAGCCGACUAUUCAAGCACCCACUGAUGCUGUAGUGCGGUUGAUGUACGCCUCUAUCUGUGGAACUGAUCUUCAUAUCCUCAAAGGAGAUGUCCCAUCUGCGGAUUUCGGCACAAUACUUGGUCAUGAGGGUGUCGGCGAGAUCGAGUCUUUAGGCCCUGCGGUCCACAACCUACAAGUUGGCCAAAGAGUGUUGAUCUCUUGCAUUACAUCAUGCAGUAUAUGCCGGCUUUGCCGACGUGGCCUGGCCUCUCAUUGCGAGACUGGCGGAUGGGUACUGGGAAACCGCAUUGAUGGUACGCAAGCUGAGUAUGUGCGCAUUCCACACGCAUCAAGCUCCUUGUACCCGCUUGCAUCUUCUAUAGAUCCCCGCGCAGCAGUUAUCAUGUCAGAUGCCUUCCCUACCGGCUUUGAGUGUGGUGUUCUCAGCGGAAACGUUGUCCCAGGAGGAUCGGUCGUCAUUGUAGGAGCCGGGCCUGUCGGCAUAGCGGCGCUUCUAACUGCGCGUCUCUAUUCUCCCAAACAAAUUGUCGUGGUUGGGCGUAAUGAGCCGAGGCUUGCUAUUGCCAGAGAGCUGGGUGCCGACGCAGCUAUCAGCUCUUCUGAACCAGAUGCCCUCCAGCAGUUGAUGGCUAUUACCAAUGGAGAAGGAUUCGACUCAGUUAUUGAAGCAGUUGGUACCCCUGAGACAUUCGCACUUUGCCAGAACCUUGUCGCGGUAGGAGGCCGUAUUGCCAAUGCAGGUGUCCAUGGGACCAAGGUGGAUCUACAUUUAGAAGCUAUAUGGGAUCGAAACAUCGGUAUCUAUACAUCCUUGGUGAACGGAACCACGACUCCUCAACUGCUAGACUUUGUGGAGUCAGGAUUGGUUGACAUCAGCUCCUUGGUCACUCAUACCUUCCCUCUUGCUGAAGCAAUGAAGGCAUAUGACACCUUCAAAGAGGCUUCAACACACAAUGCUCUCAAGGUUGUAAUUGAUUUUACCACGACGAGAAACUAA